ACAUUAAAUAAGACAACUUAAGAUGCUUGUCUCCUUCUCCUUUUCCAAACAGAAAAGCUUUCCCCUUGAGAGUUGGUCUGUCUCUGAGAACUGAGAAGAAGAGAAUUUGUGCAUAUGGCCGGAGGGUCUUUUGCCAGAGUUGGUGGUAUGGCCAAUGAGAGAGCAAAUCAAUACAAAGGCAGAGUCACAGCUUAUGUGGUCAUUUCUUGUAUUGUUGCCGCCACUGGUGGCUCUCUCUUCGGCUACGAUAUUGGAAUCUCAGGUGGGGUUACUUCCAUGGAUGAUUUUCUUGAGGACUUCUUUCCCGCUGUGUACAGACACAAAAGUCAUGCACAAGAGAGCAAUUACUGCAAGUACAACAAUCAAGGCCUUGCAGCAUUCACCUCUUCUCUCUACCUUGCUGGUUUAGUUGCAUCUCUCAUGGCUUCUCCGGUCACCAGAAAGUACGGACGGAGAGCAAGUAUAAUCGUCGGUGGUAUCAGCUUCCUCAUUGGAUCAGCUCUCAAUGCCUCAGCUGUCAAUCUCGCAAUGCUCCUCUUGGGUCGAAUCAUGCUCGGUGUUGGCAUUGGAUUUGGGAAUCAGGCCAUUCCUCUGUAUUUGUCGGAGAUGGCGCCGACCCACCUGCGAGGAGGCCUGAACAUGAUGUUUCAGGUGGCUACAACUUUUGGGAUUUUUACAGCAAACAUGGUAAAUUAUGGGACGCAGAAGAUAACGCCAUGGGGAUGGAGGCUUUCUCUAGGGUUAGCUGCAGUGCCGGCUCUUUUGAUGACAGUAGGAGGGAUAUUCCUUCCUGAUACACCAAACAGCUUAAUAGAACGAGGAUCGACGGAAAAGGGAAGGAAGCUUCUGGAAAAAAUCAGGGGGACUAAAGAUGUUGAAGCAGAGUUUCAAGACAUGAUCGAAGCGAGCGAGUUUGCAGGGUCAGUGAAGCACCCUUAUCGAAACAUACUGCAAAGGAAGUACAGGCCAGAGCUGGUGAUGGCGAUCUUCAUGCCGGCGUUUCAGAUUCUGACGGGUAUUAAUACGAUUCUGUUCUAUGCCCCGGUGUUGUUUCAGAGUAUGGGGUUCGGUGGAGAUGCGUCUCUGUACUCGUCGGCGACCACCGGAGGAGUUCUUGCUCUCUCUACGUUCAUUUCCAUUGCAACGGUUGAUAGAUUGGGAAGGAGACCUUUGCUUGUCAGCGGUGGGGUCCAAAUGAUUACGUGUCAGAUAAUUGUGGCCACAAUCCUGGGGAUCAAGUUUGGAGAUUACCAACAUCUGUCCAAAAGCCAUUCAAUAUUGGUUGUAGCAGUGAUCUGUCUAUUUGUGUUAGCUUUUGGAUGGUCAUGGGGCCCACUUGGCUGGACAGUCCCAAGUGAGAUAUUUCCAUUAGAGAUCCGAUCAGCAGGCCAGAGCAUCACAGUUGCUGUCAACCUUCUCUUCACAUUCAUAGUUGCUCAAGCCUUCCUUUCCCUCCUCUGUGCUUUCAAGUUUGGAAUCUUCCUCUUCUUUGCUGGGUGGAUUACAGUAAUGACCAUGUUUGUUUUCCUCUUCUUACCUGAAACCAAGGGAAUCCCCAUUGAAGAGAUGACACUCAUGUGGAGAAGACACUGGUUCUGGAAAAAGAUUCUGCCCAGAGACCCAGAAGUUUAUUCCCAGGAUGGUAACAUAAAAACUUCCAUGGAGUCCUCUGAUGCAGCUUGAGUAUGCUACAAAGGAAAGGUUUAGUCACUGAGAUUUGUAACAUUCUAUAGAUUUCAAAUACAAGUUCUCUCUAUUUUCA